GACACACACACUUUACUUAUUGUUGGUUAUUUUAGUAGCCAUCGCUUUUAAUUUUGUACAAAAAAAACUUCAUGUGAUUAUUGUUUGGCAGCAAUUGUCCCCCUCAGCCUUCCUUAGAGUCCCAGCAGUCAGUCGAGUCAGCAUGUACCGAACUCGUGUGCGUAACAUGGCCCAUCCAGGCAUACGGCAAUUCAUACUGAGAACAGCUGUGCUCAAUUACUUGGGCAAGAGCUUGCAGUUCCAAUGGGCCGACUGGCAGAACCAGCACAUGCAUCAGCGCUCCGUGCAGGAGGAAAUCGCCAAGGCCACGGAGCAGGCGACACUGGAUCAGGUGCUGGUGGCGCGCGCAGCGCUGGAGCAAACAAUCGAGGAGCUGCGCGAGAAGGUGCUGGCCACGCACAAGUUGCUGCUGCGUGAGUACAACGAUCUCUACUCGUAUAUGAUGGACAAGCGUGAUCUGUGGGACAGUCCGGAGUACUUUAAGGCCAAGACAGCGCUGACCACGGCCAAUCAAAAUCUUAAAUUAUUUAUAGCAGUCGAUAACUGAGCCACCACCAACACUCACACACACACAGUUACACACUCAGGCAAAAAUAAAACAAGCUCUAAUUAAUGCACAUUUGGUGUA